UCUGAAAACUCACGCACCACUGGAGUUUGGCAAUGCUUACAGCCGUCUGUGGUUCUCUUGGCAACCAGUGCUCAGAGACACCCCGUUCCUCCCCAACCCACCUGGAGCUACAGCCGUUGCAAACCUACCAGCCCCAUACCAGCCCUGAGAGCGGGGGAGACUUCCCAUCCCCUCUGCAGCCCACGGAACUCCAGCACCUGCCUCUAGCUGGGCCCGACACCGAGUUUUUGGCCAACACUGGUUACGAGCUGCAUGGGUCUCCGAGGUUAGACCUGGACGGAGACAGCCAGCUGGCCCCCGGCUCGUACUCCAAGCUCCUACAGGCAGCACCGGAUAUGUCUCACCACUAUGAACCCUGGUUCAGGCCUACACAUCCUAGCAACGCCACUGAAGACAGUGGCGUCAAUCCGUGGUGGGAUCUCCAUGCUGGAUCUAGUUGGAUGGAUCUUCAGAGUGGUCUCCAACCACCAGGCCACACGGGUGGACUUCAGCCAGCCCUGGGUGGCUAUGGCUCUGCAGAACAUCAACUCUGUGGCCCACCUCACCACCUCUUGCAAUCGGCACCACACCUCAUGGGCCAGGAAGGGGUCAAGCCCCUGGAUUCUACUCAGGAGCCUCAUCCUCUGGAGCAAGCCGGGGAUGGUAGUGGUAGGCCAAAGAGCUCAAGGCGUUCAGUGACCCGAAGUUCUGGUCAGGCUGCAUGCCGGUGCCCCAACUGCCAGGAGGCUGAGAGGAUAGGGCAGUGCCCCGACAACUCCAAGAAGAAGCACCUCCAUAACUGCCAUAUUCCCGGCUGUGGCAAGGCCUAUGCCAAGACGUCGCACUUGAAAGCUCACCUGAGGUGGCACAGCGGCGACCGGCCCUUCGUCUGCAACUGGCUCUUCUGCGGGAAACGCUUCACCCGCUCCGACGAGCUGCAGAGGCACCUUCAGACCCACACGGGAACCAAGAAAUUCACCUGCCCUGUUUGUAGCCGGGUCUUCAUGAGGAGCGACCACCUCAGUAAGCACAUGAAGACGCACGAUGGGGCCAAGGAGGAAACUGAAGGGGACGGCAAAGCUGGGACAGAGCCUCCUGCCAAAGUCAAACGGGAGCCUGACGGAAGCUCUACGAGUGCCACUUCCCAACCCAACUGAGCCUUUCUUCCUCAGCGAGGAUAUCCCCUCCCCCCGUCUUCCCAUAACGGCCCCUCGUGGCCUAUUGACUUGUCUACUUUGCUCAGGGCUCUGGGGGGCGGGUUGUCACACCCUAUGGGCCGGAAUGAGACUCUGUCCUUGAAAUGAGAAGUUAUUUAUUCUCUGGGAGGAAAGUAUGAUGUUGUUAGGAAGGGCCAAGCCCUUGAGCAGCUUUGGGGAGGGUCUUCACAUUGAGUGUGUCUUUGGGGAGUAUGGGAGGGAUGCUUUCUGAAGGAUCAUUGCUGAAGUAGAUUGGGUUAAAUGGG